AUGGCACUUAGUGAGGUCAGUAGCACUUGUGAUGAAAACUACCAAAGUUCCCAGACUGUCAAAUCAAAUAAAGACUGUUUUCAAGGAAUGGAUAUCCAUACAGAAAAACCAUUCUCUCUAGAGAGCGAAGAAUACACCCACAAUAAUCACUUUGAUUCAACUGUUGAUAAUCCCCAAAGGGAAGGCAAAACCAGUAAAAGCACAAGACGUUCUUGGAAUGAGUUUGUGUCAGACAAACUUCGUGGGUAUAAGAAAAAAGCUGGUUCUUGGAAACCAGCUAAGGAGGUUAAUUGUUAUGACGGAACAAAAAGUGAAGAAGUAGAGAAACUGGCACUUAAUCAACAACAGAAAGAACAAUAUCAACUCCUAACUCAGAACACAAAGGAUAUGGAGUGUGACAAUCUUGGAAAAUACGAUAUCAAAUACAAACGUCCACAUACAAGAACCAGCCAGAUAGUUUAUGGUGUGCACAUCGAUGAUUUAUAUGAGCAACCUUUAGCAUCGCUAAAUCGUGAUGAUCUUCUUGACAUUCCUAAAGCCCAUAACCUUAGGAAAGAUGCAACCAUAAAACCUAUUCCUUUACUUUCACAGAAGCUAGAUGUUAGGCCUCAAAGUUCUAACUUCUGUGAUUUACCCAGUGAAAAAAUCACCAAGGCCUCAACACCAAUGCUUUAUCAUCUUGCUUGUAGCAACAACAGCUCUUUGGCAAUGCUGAACACCUCAAUACAAACUAAGCAACUAGACACAUGUAAAGAAUCUAAUACCUUUCAGAAGAAAGAGAUGAACUUUUUCAUCUCCCGACGCUGCGCUACGCACGAGGUCGCCAAGCUGAGCGUGGGAUCGCACUGUACAAGACACACUGCUCGCGAAGGGCCGCAAGUCGCCGCUUGCCUGUGCUCCGUGCUGCUUCGUGUGCAAUUAUGUGUUAUGGGAGAUAAUGCUGCAAGUGAGACAGAAAAUGUUUUCAGAAAUCGGGGGAAAUCCAUGGAAGAAUUGGGAACUUCAAACAAAACGAGGCUUUCUGUGCUGAGUCAAAGCAGUGAUCCGAUUUACCACGUUAAAGUCGCCACACUCGUACCACGGCCAGAAUCUACAAGCGGCACAGCUGUGCUCCAUCAAGACCACCUUAAGGCCUGUGCGGAGUAUGAAUCAGGAAAGCAGCCCAGACAAACAAGUCAGGAGGAUUUUCUGGAGCCCCACAUUUCAGUUGUUGGAAAGUCGGCACAAGAGAAACAUUCCGGGUCCCAGAGAACAAGUGCUGUUUCCUCAGACAAUUCCAGCAGCACUCCUCCUUCACAGUUUUACCCCAUGGCUGCUGAGAUUUCACCCUGCAUGAAAGUAGAGGAUAAAGUUUUUAAUUGCAUGCAGCAGGAACAGGACAUACACUAUACUGCUGAGGACAAUCCACCAUCACAUGGUACCUUACCUCUUCAUCUAAAUACACAUAUAGCAAGCUUGGAGCCAUCUGAUGAAGAUCUUCCAGGGUAUGAUAAUGAGGUGAGAGCUGAUGUGAAUGACCUUUGUGAAAGUUCAGCAGUCAAAGAGCCGCCUUUCCUUACAACUGAAUAUCGAGACACUGAAGCUGUAAGUAAACAGACAACAUCCACUGAUUUUCGGUCAAUGAGCAGCAUACAGCAGGAAGAGCUAGAACCUAACCCAGCCAGCCAGGUGAUCAGUACACAGACAGCCAGUGCUGUGGGUUAUGAUGAGUACAGCCGGAGCAAUGGAUCCACCGGGCAAGAAAUGGAUGCUAGUAUGCAGGAGAAAAGAGAUACAGCCAUGGAGGACUUGACUGGAGUCGUGCAGAAGCCCCCUACAGAGGAGAGGUGUGCAGAACUGGUUAGAGAGAUUGUAUCCAAAGACAAGUCCCUGGUAGACAUUCUAAAACCCCUUCCUAUGAGGGCAUCUGCAAUCAGUCUCAUGAAAAACCUCUUCCAUGUGGAUAUUUCUGUACAGGAGAAAUGCCGGAAUCGGGGACUAAAGAAAGAAAAGAUGAAUCUAGAAGGUAUGUCCAAAUCGCAUUCAAAGACUAUGCUGCUGCUUCAGAGGAAGUCUGAUGAGUGCCCGAAUGAGAUCACCUCUAAAAAGAUGGAACUGAUGUCCCACAUAAACUCUCAACUGGAAGAACUCUUUGCCCAAAGGGAAUCACUUCUGUCUGAGAUCAGUGAUAACACAACUCACGGUACAGAUUUGGAAGUCGUGGUGAAAGAGGUCUGUAAACCCAAUGAGUAUGAGCGCUACAUGAUGUUUAUCGGAGACUUGGAGAAAGUGGUGAGCUUGCUCUUCUGCCUGACCACAAGACUAGCUCGGGUUGAAAAUGCUUUGAGUAGAACUGAUGAAGAUACAGAUGCUGAUGAGAUGCAAUCCCUGAAGGAACGUCAUAGUCUCCUAACCAGGCAGAGAGAGGACGCCAAAGAUUUAAAGGACAACCUGGACCGCAGAGAGCAAGUGGUAACAGGAAUCCUGGCCAAAUAUCUAAAUGAGGCCCAGCUUGAGGGCUACAAACUCUAUGUGAGGUUAAAGACUUAUUUCUUGAUUGAGCAGAAAGACCUGGAAGAAAAGAUUAAAUUUCAUGAGGAACAGUUGGAGAGUCUUCACAACAGCAUUCCUCCUUAAUCAUCUAGUAGAAUGCAAGGCCACAUCCCUACUGGCAUUCUAUGCCAUGACAGCAGAGCCCUUCGGGCUUUGAUAUGAAGUUUUUUGGUGUUGAUUAUGCUGCUGCUAACUCAUAACAGGAUUAUUACUGAAAGUGUUUUUGACCGUGUUAAUCAGGCUUAAAAUAAAAAGAACUUCUUGGCAUAGGAGGUUUGAACGUUACAUAACUUAAAGUGUGCCUUUUUUGGAUAAAUUAUCAAUGUUUUGUCUUGAUCAUUGUUAUUAUAAGUGAUAGUGUCCAUGUCAUUUGGUUUCCGGGCUGACACAAUUAUUUCAUUAAAAAUAUGUAUAAUUCUA